CUUUGUUUCAUUAGAUUUUUUUUUUUAUUUUUUUUUAUAUUAAUUAAUUUUUUUAUGAUAAUUUAUUUUAUUAUAAAUAAUAUAGUAAUUUUUUUAGAGUGGGAAAUUAUUUCUUUUAAUUCUAUAGGUAUUGUUAUUUCCAUUUUAUUAGAUUGAAUAUCUUUAUUAUUUAUGAUGUUUGUUUUUUUAAUUUCUUCUUCUGUUAUUUUUUAUAGCAAAAGAUAUAUAAGUUCAGAGUUAAAUUUAAAUCGUUUUAUUAUUUUGGUUUUAUUAUUUGUUUUUUCUAUAAUUUUAUUAAUUAUUAGUCCUAAUAUAAUUAGAAUUUUUUUAGGUUGAGAUGGUUUAGGUUUAGUUUCUUAUUGUUUAAUUAUUUAUUAUCAAAAUAUUAAAUCUUAUAAUGCUGGUAUAUUAACUGCUUUAUCUAAUCGGAUUGGUGAUGUUAUAAUUUUAAUGUUAAUUUCUUGAAUAAUUAAUUAUGGAAGAUGAAAUUUUAUUUUUUAUUUAAAUUUUAUGGGUAAUGAUUAUUCUAUAAAAAUUAUUAGUAUAUUAGUUAUUUUAGCGGCUAUAACUAAGAGAGCUCAGAUUCCUUUUAGUUCUUGAUUACCUGCUGCUAUGGCAGCUCCUACACCUGUUUCUGCUUUAGUUCAUUCAUCUACUUUAGUUACUGCUGGUGUAUAUUUAUUAAUUCGUUUUAAUAAUUUAUUAGUUGAUAUAUUUUUUAUAAAGUUUUUAUUAUUAAUAUCUGGUUUAACAAUAUUUAUGGCUGGUAUUUGUGCUAAUUAUGAGUUUGACUUAAAGAAAAUUAUUGCUCUUUCUACUUUAAGACAAUUAGGUUUAAUAAUAAGAAUUUUAAGAAUAGGUUACGGUGAUUUAGCUUUUUUUCAUUUAUUAACUCAUGCUAUAUUUAAGGCUUUAUUGUUUAUGUGUGCUGGAGUUAUUAUUCACAUAAUAAGAGAUAAUCAAGAUAUUCGUUUAAUAGGUGGAAUUAGAUUAUAUAUUCCUUUAACUUCUUUAUGUAUAAAUAUUUCAAAUUUAGCUUUAUGUGGGAUUCCCUUUUUAGCUGGUUUUUAUUCUAAGGAUAUGGUUUUAGAGUUAGUUAGAAUAAGAAAUUUAAAUUUUUUAGUUUUUUAUUUAUAUUAUGUUUCUACAGGUUUAACGGUAUUUUAUACUAUACGUUUAUUAAUAUAUUUGAUAAUUAAUGAUUUUAAUUUAUUAUCUACUUAUAAUUUAUAUGAUGAGGAUUUUAUUAUAUUAAAAAGUAUGUUUAUAUUAUUAUUUAUGAGUUUAGUUUCAGGUAGAUUUUUAAGUUGAAUAAUUUUUUCUUAUCCUUAUAUAAUUUAUUUACCUUUUAAUAUAAAAAUAAUGGUUAUUUAUUUAACUUUAAUUGGGGUUUUAUUGGGAUUUUUUGUAAGAAAUAUAGGAAUUUAUUCUUUUAAUAAGUUUUUAAAAACAUAUAAUUUAAGUUACUUUUUAACUUUAAUGUGAUUUUUACCUAAUUUAUCUACUUAUAUGUUAAAUUAUAGAAUAUUAGUUUUUGGUCAAAAUUUAUUAAAAAAUAUUGAUAUAGGUUGAGGUGAAUUAUAUAAGAGACGUGGAAUUUUUAAUAUUAUAAAAAAUUAUUCGGUUAUUUUUAAUGUUUAUCAAAUAAAUAAUUUUAAGAUUUAUUUAUUUAGAUUUAUUUUAUGAAUGAUAAUUUUUAUUUUUAUGGUAUUAUUUUAUUUAAAUAGCUUAAAUAAGAGUUUAAUAUUGAAGAUAUUAAGGUGAUUGAUUAAAUCUUUAAAUAUAUAUAUAUAUAUAUAUAUAUAUAUAUAUAUAUAUAUAUAUAUAUAUAUAAAAAUAAAUUAUUUUAUUUUUACAAUGAAAAUGUAAUGUUUUUAUUAAACUAUAUAUAUAUAUAUAUAUAUAUAUAUAUAUAAGAAAUAUUAAUGAUAUUAAUCACUAUUAAUUAAGUUAGCAGCUUAAUUUAUUAUAUUUCUAAUUGGAAUAUUUGAUUCAAUUUUAUCAUUAACAGUGAUAUACCUCUAAUUUGGUUUCAAUUAAUAAAUAAGGAGUAAAUACUCUAUCUUUUAAGUCGAAAUUAAAUGCAAUAUUGCUUCUUAUUUAAGAUAAAUUGAAUAACAAUAUUUUUUGAAUGCAAAUCAAAUGUUUUUAUAAACUAUAAUCCUGAUUAAUUAAUUCAGUUUAAUAUAUUUUGAUUUCAUUCAUGAUAUGUUCCAAUUAAAAGUAUGAUAAUAAAGAAAAAACUAGUUUUAUAUCAAAUUAAAAAAUUAACUAUUUUAAAUGUUGGGAUUAUAGGAAAAAUUAAUACAAUUUCUACAUCAAAAAUUAAAAAAAUUACUGUAAUUAGAAAAAAAUGUAAAGAAAAAGGAAUUCGAGCUAAACAUAUAGGGUCAAAUCCACAUUCAAAUGGGGAACAUUUUUCACGAUCAAGAAAUGAUUUUUUUGAGAUAAUAAAUGAGAUUGUUAUGAAUAUAUUAGAGAUAAUAAUUGUAAUUAAUGAUGUAAAAAUUAAAAUAAUAAUUAUUUAUAUUAAUUAAAAUAUUAAUCUUUUUGAUUGGAAGUCAAAUAUACUAGAUAUAUUAUAUAAAUAGUUAAUUUCCUCAUCAAUAAAUAGAAAUAUAAAGGAAUAAUCAAACAACAUCUACAAAAUGUCAAUAUCAUGCAGCAGCUUCAAAUCCGAAAUGAUGGUUUUUUGAAAAGUGGUUAUUUAAGUGUCGGAUAAAACAGGUAAUUAAAAAGAUUGUUCCAAUAAUAACAUGAAGUCCGUGAAAUCCUGUUGCUAUAAAAAAGAUUGAUCCGUAAAUUCUAUCGGCAAUAGUAAAUGGGGCUUCAAUAUAUUCAUAAGCUUGGAGAAUAGUAAAAUAAAUUCCUAGAAUAAUAGUAAUGAAUAAUCUUUGUGAUGUUUGAGUAAAAUUAUUUUCUAUUAGUGCAUGAUGAGAUCAAGUAAUGGUAAUUCCUGAGGUAAUUAAGAUAAUGGUAUUUAAAAGAGGAAUUUGAAAUGGGUUAAAAGCUAAAAUAUUUGAAGGGGGUCAUAUUAUUCCAAUUUCAAUAUUAGGUGCUAAA